UAUUUGUACAACCACUGCCCGGGCCCAGAGUGGAACGUCAUGUGUAGAGGCUGCUGCGAGUACGAUGUGAUCCGCUGUAAAUGCCCCUUACAGGGGACGCCGGUGGGCUACUCAGUGCCCUGCUGUCGCAACGCCAUCAAUGAGUGCGACCCGUGCAUCAUCCAUCCAGGUUGCAGUAUAUUUGAGAACUGUAAGCGAUGUAACAAUGGGACAUGGGGCCCCAGGGAUGACUUCUUCAUUACUGGAAAAUACUGCGCUGAGUGUCGUCCUGGCUGGUCUGGUGGAGAUUGCAUGAAGUGUGGGGGAGUGAUCCAUAAACGGCAGGGCCACUUGGUGCUCGAGAGCUACCCCAACAAUGCUCGAUGUGAGUGGACCAUUCAGGUGGACCGUCCCUUUACUAUCGAGCUCAGGUUCAUGAUGAUGAGUCUGGAGUUCCACCAAUCGUGUCGUUACGACUUUGUGGAGGUCCGAGAUGGUGACAGCAUUGACUCGCGUGUUAUUGCUCGAUUCUGUGGGAACAACAGACCGACCCCAGUGCAGAGCUCUGGUCCCAGUCUGCACAUACUUUUUGUGUCUGAUGGUUAUAAGAAUUUUGAUGGAUUCUUUGCCACUUUCCAGGAGAGCUCAGCUUGCAGCUCUUCUCCUUGCCUACAUGAUGGGACUUGUGUCCUGGAAAGUUCUUACACUUACCACUGUGCCUGUCUGGCUGGCUACACGGGCAAGAGGUGUGAACAUGUUGUUGGAUGCCGCAGGCCUCCAGUGCCCACCCAUGGAUUCACAGAGGGUUUGUUUCAUCACUCGGGGGCACGCAUAACUUUCCGUUGUGACUCUGGCUUUGAGCUGCAGGGUUUCCACACUGCCAUCUGCCUGAGUGAUGGCACCUGGAGUGUGUCUGCCCCAGAGUGUGUACCAGUGGAAAUAGUCUGUACUCUACCACGCAAGCCAAAACAUGGGGACCACUUCUUGGUUUAUGGACCCAAUGAUGUCCUCAUUGCUCUACAGUACCUGUGCUACCAGCCCCAUGAACUCAGUGGGAGCUCCCAGAGAGCCUGCCUCCCAAACAACACCUGGAGUGGGACUCCUCCCGUUUGCAACCAAGUGAAUAAUACUCUCACUGGCGAAGAAAAGGACAGAGAUGACACAUUUAUCAGCGAAACUAAAGAGAAAGGUCAAGAAAACACUGGUGAAAAAGAAAGCGUUGGAGAGAGAGAUAAAAACACUGGGCACGACAAUACAACAGCAGUCGACAGAGAAGAUAAAUAUACGGGUACCAUUCCAGAGAAAACUGUGUCUGGGGGUGCGAAUGAAGGAGAGGAAAGAAAUACUGAGAACCCAUCUGGACGCAGCAAAGAUAAAGUGGAUAGUGAAGGCCCAGACAACAGCCUGAAUACAGUUGAAAUGAAAGAACCUGGGGUUGGGAAGCCACAUGAGAAAGAAGAAGGCAGUCCAGAUACAAACCUGGAGACAGAAAAGACAGAUAUCACAGAAAUAAUUGUGAUAAAAGACAAAGGACAAGAAGACAAGGAAAGAAAAGAAGAGCAGGUGAAUGGAAAAAGAGAUUCGGGCAAAGUCAGCCCGAAUGACACCAAGAUGAGAACGGUCAUCGUAGCUGAGGGUGACAACACAGUGGAGAUAUUUGAACUGGAAGUGACAAAGAACAACACCGUUAUACGUCAUACAAAGAAUACGCAGAAGGAAAAUAAUACCAUAGGUUCACCAGAGCCGGAGAGGAAAAUCCUUCCCACUCGAGUCAACAUUACACAGUACAUGUACAGAGUGGGAAGCGAGGAAGAUGGGAAACCAGAGGAAAAACCGACAAUUAAAGAAGACAAGAAGGUGAAGGAUUCUGCUGAGAAAACAAAGGAGGAGUUAGAAAGGGAGAGGGGGGACAAAGAAAAAGAGAAAGAGGUCAACCAAAGCUUCACCGGGAAAAGCUGCCCACUUCUCUCUCGCCUCUACCAUGGCUACUACCAGCUGGUGCCUGGACUGGAGCCUGAAACAGUGGAAUUCUUCUGUAACCACUCAUAUGCUAUCAGUGGUAAUGCCCGACGUACCUGCCUGCCAAAUGGGACCUGGAGUGGCAAACAUCCCCUCUGUGUCAGAGCAUGCCGGGAGCCCAAAGUGUCGGAGCUGGUUAGACAAAGAGUUCUGCCACCUCAGACCCCAUCCAGAAAGACACCUGUGCACAAGCUCUACUCUUCUGGGCUGGGCCGACUGCUCCAGUCUGCGGGCCCCACUCGAGGCCCUCCAGUGCUUUCCCAGUUGCCCCAGGGCUUCCACCACCUUUACUCGCAUAUAGAGUACGAGUGUGCCUCUCCUUUCUACCACCACUCUGGCAGUUCUCGCCGCACUUGCUUGAAGACUGGGAAAUGGAGUGGGCGCCAUGUGUCCUGUUCGCCAGUGUGUGGGAAGCAUCCAACCUUUGACCCAGAGAGGCCGACAGAGGCUCACUGGCCUUGGCUGGCAGCCAUCUACCGCCGCUUCACCAACGGAGCUGGGACCAAGGUGACCAAGGCAGGCCGCCAGGCAGGGUCCCUGAAGGGGGACGUUGAAGCAGGAACCGGCAGCCACAAUCGGACUACUGACUGGCAGCUGGUGUGCAGUGGGGCUCUGGUGAACCAAAAGAGGGUGGUUGUUGCAGCCCACUGUGUGACAGAGCUGGAGAAGGUGUAUCCUCUGGAUGCAGCCAAGAUCAAGGUGGUGGUAGGGAAGCAGUACCGUGACGACCACAGGGAAAGCAAAGGUCUGCAACACCUGAGGGUGGCCUCCAUUGCUGUUCAUCCAAACUACGAUCCCCAUAUUCUCGACUCUGACAUGGCUGUGGUUAAGUUACUGGACAAAGCAAGGAUUGGGGAGAAGGUCCUGCCCCUCUGCCUCUCAGACAGCCAGGGAGAAGAAGUGACAAAUGAGCAAGGGCUUGUGACAGGCUGGUCUCCACUGCCUGAUUCAAGUUUAGGUCCUGAUGAGAAGGCGAGGGUUGGGCUUGUUCACCUGGCUGAUGUCGUCCCCUGUGAGCGGCAGUAUGCUCGCAAUGAUGUGCCAGUCAGCGUCACAGACAAUAUGCUCUGUGCCAGCCAUAAGCCUGACUAUGAACCCUCCAACAUAUGUCCCUCUGACACGGGGGGAAUCCUUGUCCUCCCCGCCCUCUCCGAGAACCAAGCCAGCCACAACCAGAAGCCCCCUGUCAGCUUGAGGCAGGUGCAGGGGGAGAGCAAAGGGCUGUGGAGACUCAUGGGACUGGUGAGCUUUGGCUAUGAUCAAGGGGAGUGUAAUCCUGACCUCUACACAGUCUACACACGUGUAGCCAACUUCAAAGACUGGAUCGAGAGCAAUAUGAAAUGA